AUGGCGUCCAACAACCGGUUCCCGCCGCGGCCUUUGAACAAAAAGUCCGUCUUUGACCGGCAGCGCGCCGAGGCCGAGGCCAAGCGCCAGCGCGAGGCUGCCGAGACAGCCGCGAUUUACGAGGAUUUUGUCAAGAGUUUUGACGAUGGCGGCAGCGAACGUGACAGCGCUUCGUCCUCCCAUGACAUGCCAGGCAAGGGCGGCCGCCUAUCUGGAUCAGCGGCUGGGGCUGUUCCGUCGUUGUUGCAGCCGCCCGCACUUUUGGGCAGCGGUCGACGGCACUUUAGCAUGCCGACAUCGGGCGCAGCGGCCAUGCGCAACAGCGGGCCAGGCAGUCUGGGCCCAACGACAAGUUCUGGAUCAGCAGCAGGAGCAGAAUCAGCAGCAGUGCCGUCCCGGCGAGGACCCGGUGGUGGCCGUCUGGCGGCUUUUGACGACGACAGCGACGAGGAGGAUGGCUUGGGCAGCUCCACAACAACAACAACAGCAGCAGCAGCAGCAUCUGCCUCUACAGUAACAGCAAUGGGUUCGAUUGGCAGCAGCAGUCUCGUCAGUACGGCGGCCGACCGGGCCGAAGAGAGGGCGACGUCCAAGCCGACGAUCCGGCUGGCCAGCCUGCCGCCCAACAUGUCGCCGGCGGCUGUCCGGGCGCUCGUCUCGCCGGCCGGUCUCGUGGUCGAAGGCGUGCUGAUGCUGCCGGCAGCCACGACAGCGUCAGGUUCGACCGAGCGCAAGUCAGCAGCGGCCAUCGUCACACUGGCCGCCUCGUCAGCUGCCAGUGACAUUGACGCGGCCGUCAGCGCGCUGCAAAACCGAUAUCUUGGCUACGGCUACUACCUCAACCUGCAUCGCCACCUCUCGUCGGCCGUGGCAGCAGCCACAGCGGCUGUGUCUCUGUCCACGCUGUCGACCACCUCGUCGGCCAGCCAGCCGUUUGGCGCCAAGCCCGUGCCGCCCGCUCGACUCGACGGCGCAGAGUUCACGAAUCACGCUAGCCGCAGCACAUACGGCCGCGGCCGCAUCGGCAUCCCCCCUCCGGCCAUGUUUGCGCCUCCGGCCAGCGGAAACGGCAGUAGCAGCUCUGUGGUCAGCCGCGACAGCCUGCUCUACGUGCCGGUGCGGCCACCGCGCGACAUCCGGAAGCUGCGCAUGAUUCACCGGGUGGUGGAGAAGGUGCUCAGCCAGGGCCCCGCUUUCGAGGCUCUGCUGAUGAGCCGGCCAGAGGUACAGCGCGAGGAACGAUGGGCGUGGAUCUGGGACGCCCGCAGCGAAGCCGGCGUCUGGUACCGCUACCGGCUCUGGGAGACGGUAACGGGCCAUCAGACCAAGAGGGGCCACGGCAGGUACAUGCCCUUGUUCGAGGGCAGCCAUGCAUGGAAGAUCCCGGACGACCCACUGCCCUACGAGUUUGUCACGGGCGUGGCCGAGUUUGUGUCGGACUCGGAGUACGGCAACUCGUCCGACGACUCAGACUACGACGACGGGCCACGCGGACGAGGGAUGGAUGCAACUAUUACUACAAAUGGCGGCGGCAGCGGAUCGGCAGUCGGAACCGGAGCGGCAGUUGCAGCAGCAGUAGAUGGCGACGAAGACAUGUUCCUUAACCCGAUCGAGAAAGCCAAGCUGGCCCAUUUGCUGGCACGGCUGCCGUCGACGCUCUCGAAGCUGCGCAAAGGUGACAUUGCGCGCGUGACGUCGUUUGCCAUCCGACAUGCCAGCCGUGGCUCCAACGAGAUUGUCGACAUGAUCAUCUCUAACAUCGAGACCCCGUUUACCUAUACGGCGGCCAACCCGGCGCACCACCGGGCCGACGACGGCGAGGGUACAUCUGGUGCAUCCGGCGAGCCCGGCGCCGUGCGCGACACAUCGGGCGCGAAGCUGGUGGGCGUCUAUGUCGUGAGCGACAUCCUCUCGUCGUCGGCCACGAGCGGGAUCCGUCAUGCCUGGCGCUACCGACAGCUGUUCGACACGGCGCUGCGCAGCCGGCGGGUGUUUGAGGGCCUAGGGCUGAUGGCCGAACGGCUGCACUGGGGACGGCUGCGGGCAGACAAGUGGAAGCGCAGCAUUGGCCUCGUCCUGGACCACUGGGACGGCUGGUCCGUCUUCUCGGCCGAGACCCAGGAGUACCUGGUCGGCAGCUUUGAGAACCCACCGAGCGCGAAGAAGGACAAGAAGGCGGCAGCCGACGGUGCGUCGAAGAAGGGCGGACGGUGGAAGACAGUCGACUCGGCCGCCGCGAGACCCGUCGAGGAAUCAGGGUUUCAGCCGGCAGCAGAAGCACAUCGUGGCGACGAAGAUGGUGAUGGCAACGACGCCAAUGACGGUGACGAGGGCGACGACGACGACGACAAUGGCGAAGGCGACGACGGCGCAUACCGGUCCGAGUACACGGACGACGAGGAGCUCGACCUGGCUUGUCUGGCCGAAGAGGACAUUGACGGCGAGCCGAUGAGCGACUUUGAUCUGGACGGCAUUCCGCUGACAGCCGACGAAAUUGAGGCGCUGAUCGGCACCGACGUGGCCGCGAUGAGCGAGGAGGGCGAGAUCGGGUCGGACGACGACGCGGCCGGCAUGAGCGGCCUGUCGGACGGCGGCGGUGGUGGUGGUGGUGACAGCGACGUGGAAAUGGAGGCUGGUGAUGGAGAGAGCUGCAAGGAGAACGAGAACGACCAGGGAACAGUCGUGGUCGCCACGGCCGCCGCUGUCGCUGCAAAACCGUCACGCAAGCGGAUGCGCGCCGUCGACAUGUUUGCCGACGCAGACGCAGACGACGGCGAGUGA